GAGCCAGCAUCCCUUUUGUCUCUACCUUCAAAUUGGUCUACUGUACAUGCAUCUUUACUUUGACCAACUUAACGUAGUCUUCAUUAUGUAUACAAUGAAAUAAUACUUUAUCUUCAUCAUCGCUACCCAGUACCCAUUCCAGUCUCUUUAUAUAUCGAGACACUAAACACAUACUAACCCACACAAAAGGAGAGCCAUGGAGGACAUAAUAACUGGCUCUACUCAGUGGGUGCAAUCCUCCUACGACUCUUUUCACUCUCUGUUGCCAUUCUCCGAUGCCACGGCCCCGACGACGGGUGUCGAUAGCUCCUUAUUAAGCCCUAACAAGUCAUGUAGAGCUAUUGAUCAUCAUCAACAUCAAUUGAGUCCAAGGAAUAGUGGGUGUGUGUCAAAACCAAUCCGAAGGAGGUCUAGAGCUUCAAAGAGGACACCAACCACUCUUCUUAAGGCCAAUACCACAAAUUUUCGAGCUCUUGUGCAACAAUUCACUGGAUGCCCUAGAGCACCCAUUCCAUUUGCAACCCAAAAGGGUCCUAUCACCUUGAAUUUUGGUGCUGGGAGCGCUCAUAACUAUAACUAUAGUAGCAGCACUAAUUUUCGCAAAAAGUUUUAUCUUCAACGCUUCCAACGAGAAAAUUGGAGUCAACAAAACGAGCAGCAACAACAGCAUCAGCAGUACCUACAACAACAAGAACAACAAGAAUAUUAUAGUGUGGAACAAAUACUUGACAAUAUUUCUAAUGAUGGGUCUAACAGUGGUUCUCAAAAUGUGGAGAUCGAUGACGACUUUGUCCUCAAUGAUUUUUCCUUGGAUGAGCUUACUAGGGAAUAUUUGUUCUCCAAUGAUAUAUGUAGCUAGCUAGGGUUCGAUUGAUGGUAGUUAAUUUCUCUCUCUUUCAAGAACCCUAGAUUGCCUCUAGCUCAUAUGCAUGAUGUGAUAUAUGUGUCUAAUUUCUUACUUUUAUGAUCAUUUGAUCUAGCUAGCUAGCUAGGUUGUGCCGCAAUAGUUAGCAUCCUCCAAAAAAAGAUGUAAAUUCAAACAUAAGACAAUUCUCAUAAGUUGUAAAGAUUGAAAAGUAGGUCGCUCCAAAA